AAGUUAACUACUUGGUAACGCCAUAUAGCUACUCAGUCUUUGUACUAGUCAUGAUUGUGUACAUUCUUUUUCAAUCCGCUAACAUAUAGAGUUUUAAUUAUGUCAAGUAAAUUUUUAAGAUACUGCAUUACUUUUUUAACCUUAUUGCAUCAUGUAAAUAGUAAAAUACUUCGUGGGACUCUCGUAACGCGUGAAAAUUGGGCCUUCCUUGCAAGAUUUUGUUUUCUCACACAACAAGGCACAUUUCGGUAUGAUUUAAACAUUGAGAGUGAGAACAGUUCUCUAAAUCUUUUACUGUAUUAUGAUGCACCUCAUCAAUGGUCUAGCGUGUAUCCUUCAAACAAAACAUGCGAAGAAAAAAAAUCUAUUUUAAGCGUAGAAAAUGGUCAGAUAAUACAAUUGUCUACAUUGACAUCAGCCAUAUCUGGAUGUGUUGUAAAAAAUAAUUCAGCACUACAUUGCAAUAGCUACAGAAGAUUUCAAUCAUCCAGACCAACAUGGUGGUUCAUCGUAUUAUCAGAUUGUUCUACUAAAACAGGUUUAAAUGUUACAUAUUGGAUUUCAUUAACAAAUGCAUCUCCAGGUAACAUAUGGAAAGAACACUUUUCUGCAGAUGAAUUUUAUAUACUACCAGAAUUACUAAUAGCAGCUUGCAUUUAUGUAGUACUUCUCAUAUUAAGCUUUUAUGUAGCUGUACAAUUACGCUCAAGAAGACUCCUACAUGUUUCAUAUAAAUUAUUCAUGGGUUCUCUUCUAUGUCAAUUAAUAGGCAUUUUAUUAGAAAUUUACAGUUAUUUUAACCUUGCACUGAAAGGAGUUUUUAUAACUAGUGCUUCUUUAGUAGGUCAUCUUUUAGAAGCAUGUUCAGAAACUUUAUAUACAGUGCUUAUGCUACUGUUAGCAUUCGGCUAUACUAUCACUAAAAGUGCAUUAACACCUAAACAAAUUCGAUGGCUCACAUAUUUCAUUUGUCUUAGUGCAGCUUGUCAGCUGGCAUUGUAUAUGUAUCAAUUUGAAAUCUUUGAUCCUGGUUUAGUCCUUUAUAUCUAUGAAUCACCACCAGGUUACGGACUAGUAGCAUUGAAAUUGAUUGCAUGGAUUGUAUUCGUUCUUCGUUGUUUUAAAACAACUAAGAAAAUGACAAAGAAGGUCCAUUUUUACGGGUCUCUACUUUCUUUAGGAUCAGCAUGGUUUCUAUGUCAUCCAUUGACGGUACUAUGUAUUACUGUGCUUGUAGACAAAUGGAUAAGGGAGAGUGUUGUAAGAGGAUGCUCUCUUUGGAUUGUUCUUGUGGGACAUGCAACAUUUCUUUAUGUUACACGGCCUACUAUUGCAAAUUCGCGUUUUCCAUUUCACAUUAGAACAUGCCAAGUAGUUCCAGUUGGUGGUAAUGGACAAAAUCACAGUUAUGAACCUCGAUUCCGAAAAGUAGUUUCAGCAUUCACAAUCUCAUAA